GAGGUUACUCAAUAACCCUGACCUUGUUAAAAGGCCUGUUCUUUCCUGGCAGCAGAACCAGCAUCUUCUCUCCUGGUUUCUGCUGCCAUGAACACCUUCCUGCUCUCUGCGCUGUGCCUUGGUGCCUGGGCUGCCCUGGUCGGAGCAGUCACUGUGCAGGAUGGAGAUUUCUCCUUUUCUCUGGAGUCAGUGAAAAAGCUUAAAGACCUCCAGGAGGCCCCGGAGUCCAAGGUCCAAGGCCGCAGAAAGUUUGUGGCUCCACCGCUCUGCAGCUUCUCAGGGUUUCCGGAAGAGCUCCGGCCUGUCUGCAAGGAGCCCAACUCCCAGGACAUUCUGAACCGGCUUGAGCUCCCCUCCGAGAGGCUGGCUGGAGUGGUCUGUAGACACUCAACCUUCAGAGAGGACACCCCUGGGGGCUGGGGUAGAAAGUGCCCAAGAUUUGGCUGAAGGGGAGCAGGCGAAUUCGGGGACGGGGAAGCUGGCAUCACCAGGGGAUCUCUCUCGUCCAGCGGUCAUCGCUCAGGACCCGAGCACCUGUGAGAUCUGUGCCUACGCCGCCUGUGCUGGAUGCUAGGGUGGCCUUGCUCGCUGCCUUCCUCCCAGAGAAAUUCUUUCUUCUGCUGGAAGGGCUACCAAUGAGCCUUCCACUCCUAGCAACUCAACCUAUACUGCCCCAGAAGGGAGCCCAGAGAGGGGCUGCAGGACUGGGGGCUCCAGGCCCAAGACCAAGCUUUCCAAGAUCCAUGCCAACCCUCAGCUAAUAAACCAGAUUCCAGAGUA